AUUUAAUAUGUUAAGGAAAGAACUCAACCCCAGAACAAUUUUCAAUUGGAUUUUUCAUUAUGUAAACUUCUUCAUGCUUUCUUUCUAUAUUUCUUUCUAUUUGUAUAGAAUUGUGAUAUCAAGAGAACUGUAUCUUGAUGUUUUGCCUUCAUAUCUGCUGAUCGUAUUGCCAAGCAUUCUGUAUCAUUGGAACCCCCAGAUAAAAAACAACACUGGCUAUAGAUGGUUUGCCCAUUCGAUAUACUCAUUUAUUUUGAUGUUGUUUGUGAUGAACUUUGUUGCUAUUCUGUUGUUCUCUGAAAUAUUCCAAACUUACAUUCUACAUGAGAUUUUAGUAAAAGUGACUCUUCCAUUAUCUAUAAUGGGGUUCUCUUUAUUAAUGCUGCUGAAUUACUCAGAACAGAAAAUUCAGCCAAAAUACUUCAUUAGUCAAGAAGAUAGACUCUGCCAAGGAUUCACAACAGUCUAGGUCAAUUAUUCAAAAGCCGAUAAUUCCUAAAUAAAGGAGAUAUCU